AUGGACCCAGAAUUUCUUAGAGAGUUGGAGAGAGCAUCCGUAAAGAUUGAAGACCUUGAAGAAGUUGCAUAUAAAAAUAAAGAGCAAGCCAGACAUAUCAAAAACGACUACUUGAUUAUUUAAAACAAUAAGGAGCUUUAACUCGACCCUAAUUACUACAAUCUUAGUCGUAUUGAAUAAAUUAAAUACUCAGCUCGUAAGUUUGUUGAAUUCAUCACAUUUGACAACCAGAGACAAAACGUCAAUGAACCCUAGACAAUUAUGAAUAUGUUUAUUUAAUUCCCCUUCAGUUUCCCCUCAGGAGUUCACCAAGUCAUGUUUGUGCCAUGCAUUAAGUAUUUAGCAUCUGAUAAGCAAUGCAAAGAUUGGCUUCCAAGAAUUUACAGUUAUGAAAUUGUUGGUUGCUAUUGCUAAACUGAGUUAGGGCAUGGUUCAGAUGUACAAUCUUUGGAGACAACAGCCACUUACGAUCCUGAAACACAAGAAUUCAUCAUUAACUCUCCUACUCCCACUUCUACAAAAUGGUGGGUUGGAGAACUUGGAAUCUGGUGCACUCAUGCAAUGGUAUUUGCCUAGCUCAACUUAUUAGGUAAAAACUAUGGCGUACACUCGUUCUUAGUCCCUAUUAGAGACAUCAAGACUCGCAAGCCUCUUCCUGGUAUUACAGUUGGUGACAUUGGACCUAAAGUUGGUUUUAAUGUAAAGGAUAAUGGUUUUGUUAGAUUCAAUAAUGUUCGCAUUCCAAGAGAAAACAUGCUUAUGAGAUAUGCAAAAGUUUCUAAGGCUGGUAUAUUUUCUUAACCAGGAAAUGCUAAAAUCGGAUAUGCAGUCAUGCUUUAAACCCGUCUUGCUAUCUCCUGCUUCUUCCCUAGAACCUUAACACAAGCCCUUAAUGUUGCUAUUCGUUACUCUAUUUUGCGUAAAUAAUUCAACGACUCUAGUAAUCAAGAAAGAAAAAUAUUAGAUUAUCAAACUCAGUAGGAAAAGCUUUUAAUUCCUUUAGCAGAAAUAUAUGGCAUUUUAAUUAGCAGCUAUACAAUUUGGGAUUUGAAUGACGAUCUCCUAAAUAGAGUAUAAAAAGAUGAUUUCUCAACAUUAAAUGAAAUGCACGUCGUAGUUUCUGGCGCUAAAGCAACUUGGACUGAAACAACUUUAUACUACCUAGAGUAAUGUAGAUUAGCAUGUGGCGGUCAUGGAUUCCACCACUACUCAGGUAUUCCAGGUAUGAUUUAAGAAUGGAAGCCAAUGGUAACUCUUGAAGGAGAAAAUACUGUCUUACACAUGCAAGUUGCUAGAUUUUUGCUCAAGCAAUACGAAAAAGCAAUGAAAGGUUUAAAUAUUGGUUUCUCAGUUUAAUAUUUAAAGUAAGCCUCUGAAUUUUUGGGUUCUAAAUUAGAAAAUGUAAACUCUGUAGGCGAAUUGAGAAAUAUUGAAGUUUUAAGAAAAAUAAUGAUUGCAUCAGCUGUCUUUGCUAUUUAAAAUGCUGCUGACAAAAUGCUUAAACACGUCAGUGACGGAAAGCCACCUAAGUAGGCUUGGGAUGAAUACGCAGGAAUUGACUUAGUUGAAGCUUCAAAAGCCCAUAUUAAUUUGUUCACCAUGAAUAACUAUGUUGAAUUUGUUCAUAGAUAAACUAAAGAAAAUGUAAAGAAUUUAGUAAUGAAAUUAUGUAUUUUGAAUGCUGUUUCUAGAAUUACUUAAAAGCCUUACUUACUCAUAGAAAAUAACUAUUUAGAGCCUAAGCACUUCACUUUCCUAACUUAAUUGAGAGACGAAAUGCUUUUAGAAGUUAGAAGAGAUGCUCUUCCUUUAGUUGAAGCAUUCGGCUUCUAAGAUUCUUAAUUGAGAAGCGCAAUAGCACUUACAAGUGGAAAACCAUAUGAAACUUUAUAUGAUUGGGCUAAGAAUAAAAACGAAAUGAAUAACAGCUACUUUGCUGAAGGAUACGAAUGGAUUCAAAAGAUGUAAAAUCUUCAUCCAAAACUCUGA